CGCAACGCUGACGUGUGUUUAGUAGGAAGUGACUGUCGCGUCGUCGUUGCGAGAGUGUUAAGUACAGAUUCGAUGGUUUAAAAACAGUUUCUGGUUAUUUCAACUCCGGACGGAUUCUCUAAAGUACGCGACGAUGUCAGGGCAAAUGUCAAUCUUUGGUUCUAUGGUCCUUGCUCUGUUCUUGGCUGGUUAUUUGGGUCAGCAGUACUUACCUCCACCCAAGCCCAAAGUAAUUGGUCUAGACCUGGGGACCACUUUUUGUUCCGUGGGCGUGUUUCACCCUGGUAGUGGAAAAGUGGAGGUAAUUGCAGACAAGGAGGGCAGGAAGAGCAUCCCAAGUGCCGUCUCCUUCACCAACACGACAGUGCUGGCUGGGCAUGAUGCUGUGGAUGUGGCUGACAACAACCCCCACAAUACCAUUUACGACGCUAAGAGGUUCAUCGGGAAGAUCUUUACCCCACAUUUGCUGGAGCAGGAGAGCAGCCGCUAUCCCUUCAAGGUGGUCUACAACAAUGGAAGUGCCGAGUUUGUGAUCACCACGAAUGGCACAUUCACGGUGACUCCCGAGUUCAUUGGCUCUCGGCUGCUGCUGAAGAUGAAGAAGAUGGCUGAGCAGCAACUGGGCGUGCCUAUCCACAAAGCCGUCAUCUCGGUGCCCGCAGAGUUUGACGACAGGCAGAGGGAGUACACUAUCAAAGCCGCCAACCUUGCAGGUUUGGAGAUCUUGCGCAUAAUCAAUGAGCCGACAGCGGCGGCCAUGGCGUACGGCCUUCACAAGGUGGAUGUCUUCAACGUUCUGGUGGUGGACCUCGGCGGAGGAACCUUGGACGUGUCUCUGCUCGACAAACAGGGCGGCAUGUUCUUCACCAGAGCCAUGGCCGGAAACAACAAGCUGGGCGGUCAAGACUUCAGCCAACGGUUACUCCAGUACACCAUAGAACGAGUGCUACAGGAGUUUGGCGUUGUGCCCACUCUCAAAGAAGACCUCCAUUGUCUCCGCCAGGCCGUGGAGGCGGCUAAGAUCAACCUCACCCUCCAGCCCAGCGUCACAAUCAAGGUGCCGCUGCACCUGCUCGCCCGGGACGACUCGGCCCCGAAGCCGGUGCUCUUUGAGACCGUGGUUACGCGUCAACUUUUUGAGGAGCUCAACGAGGACCUCUUCCAAAAGAUCCUGGCCCCGGUGGAGACGGUUCUCGCCGACGGCCACCUGGACAAAAAUCAGGUGGAUGAGAUUGUGCUGGUGGGUGGAUCAACAAGAAUUCCCCAGAUCCGGAGGAUCAUCGCAGAGUUUUUCAGCAAGGAGCCCAACACUUCGGUGGACCCCGACCUGGCUGUGGUGACGGGCGUGUCCCUCCAGGCGGGCAUCAUGAGCGGGUCGUGGCCGUUACAAGUCAGCGCCAUCGAAAUACCCAACAGAAACCUUCACAAGACCAACUUCAAUUAGAUUAAAAUACCUAACAGUGCAGAGACCACUUGAAUGUACUUCAUCUGGACCUCUUGUGAAUGAGCAUGGGCUCCAGAUCAUGUUUUUGUCAUUUUGCAAAGAACUAAGUUUACACAUCUAUCAAUUGAAAAAUGACAAAAACAUUUGCUUGUACUAACAUGCAGAUGCACUGGCACUUAAGCUAUGAAAAGUCCUCAGGGCAAUAAGGGACCACCUCCUAUUUGUUAUAAUUGGCAUUAAUGUAAUUCAACCAAGGUGGCACGGUGUAGCACUGGUUAGCACGUCCGCCUCACGGUUCAGAGGGUCCGGGUUCAAUUCCACCUCCGGCCCUCCCUGUGUGAAGUUUGCAUGUUCUCCACGUGCCU